AUGCCUGUGGAGCGCUGGGCGGAGAAUGUGAGCCGCUACUACAACUCCCAGCCUGCCCCUGGGGUGGGCUCACCUUGCGAGGAGCUGUCAGAGCUGGACUCUCUGUACCAGGCGAGCCUGCAGGCUGCCAGCCUACCCCGGGCCACGCGAGGCAUCAGCCCUCAGCCCGGUGCCAAUAAACAGCCGGCUAGGAAGCUGCUGUCUGACCUGGCCUCGCCUGGCCGCUCCAAGACCCCCACCGCAGAGAUUGAGAGACAUGCUUACAGAACUCCAGGCUACACCAGCAGCCCAAUCCAACACCCCAAGGUUCCGGGCCAACCUUCGCCGCAUCGCCCGCAGCCUGAGUGGCACCGUCAUAGGGGGACGACCCGAACACCUUGCGCCCUCCCGCAGCUUCGAGUUCACCAGAAGGGAGACGAGUUUCUGGCUGUGUUUGACCGGGGUGAAGCUUUCUCCCGGGACAGCUACAACAGUGUUGCACUGAGCUACGGCACGCUGCCGCGGGCACCUCGCAGGGCGCCUCCGUCCGGGUCCUCCUCCCUACCCCGGCCCAGGGAAGCGCCCGGCCCCAGCCUCGGCUCCGGGUACUACAGCCACCCGGACGCGAGCUACGCCACCCUCUCCCGCCCGCGCCGCUCGGCCACCCCUAGCGGUGCAACCAACGGCUACAAGCAGCCCUCUCCAUCAGGCCGAGCCCCAGCCACAUGCCUACCGCCCCAACGUCACCCAGCCCACCAGCGGCUGCCCAUCGAGACCUCGACCCAGCCUCUCCGCCUAGACGUACCCCCAGAUGUUGACUGGAGGACCCCUGACUACAGGAUGGUACCACCACCCGCGCCCAUGCGGGAUGCCCGCCCCCUCCAUCAGCCCACCCACAGGCAGGACCAUCCCCAUAUGAGGGCUUCAUCCCGGGGCCCCGCUACGGCCCAUCUCUGUUCCCUGUGUCAACAGCUGCCCACGGAGCCCUCCCGACACUACUGCCAGUCCUGCGGAGCCUACAUGGCCCGUUUCCGCCCGGCCAGCUGAUGCCCAACCCACCCCCACACAGCACACUCAGAAUGUGGCCCGUUUGCUUCCCAUCAGUUAAUAUCUGUACUAUAUCCCCAAGCCCGACCCACUUGAGCCAGACAGGCCCGCCAAUAGCUUAACCUGGUCGAAUUGUGUUGAGUUCAUGUUUGGCAGCUUUCACUGUUGUAUGAUGUUAUUUAAAGAGGAUGGGAUCCAGAGUGAAGCCCGCGAUGUUGGAAGGUCAUAGAGUCCAGCCAGUGUAGACGUGGCCCUUUGUUUGCCCUAUUCUCACCAAGGGUCCCCUGAAUUGGAUGGCAGGAGGCACUGUGGUUCUGGGAGGAUAAUUCCCCUGUCACCACCAGAACAGCCUGAAUUUAGUGUUUUAGCCAGGUUGACCUGAGGAAGCCUUUUACAGAUGAUAGUUGAGUUACAUAGUCGGUCUGAGGACAAAGCACAGUGAGAGAUUUUGUAUAAGAGAUUUUUUUUUUUUUUACAGGUUUUCAACAGGUUUGACCAACAAUAGUUUAUUCAACUUCUAUAGUGCUUUUUGUUACAGAAAGGGUCUCCAAAGCGCUUGAACAAUUCAAACUAAAAUCCAUUAAAAACAAAAUAGUUUUCAGCUGGUGUGGAAUGUGUAUUUGUAGUUGUGAAAGCGUCCGACAGGGUGACGGUCAGGAGGGAACCACAGGGCUUCGUAAAGGUAGAGUGUACGUGGUUAACUGGGUGAUUGCCUGGUCCUCCAGGGGUUGGCUAGCAGCACUGGUGGCGCUCCGUCGAAGGUGACUCACCGCCAUCUCACCGCGUUCCCCGCUUUCCCUGUCGUCUCACUGACAUUUCCAUGGCCGUAAAUGGAUGCGUCACAGCAACCUCUCCACUCAUUGGAUGACGUCACUAAAACUGGACCCUCUGAGCGCUCCGAUUCUAUUUACUUACUGUGCUACGGGAGCCCUGUGAAAGUAGUUUAUGACUUAACAAACUAAUCUAUUGGCCUAACCUGUAUACUGUAGUAUAUGCCAUAGACCUGCUGUACUUUGCAUUCUAGCUAGCACUGUUUGGUGACUGGAGCCCUCUUGUAAAAUGGGCCAACAUCUGAGAGGCAGGGCCAACAACCUUGAACAUUUCUCCUCAGGCUUUUCACAGCCCUGCAGCUAUGCAUGGUUGCUCAGCAGACCUACGACUGAGAGAAUCACUAAACUUCCAUAUAAUAAGUAUAUAUGACAUUUUCUUAGUGCAGUGAAUUUACCUAACUGCGUUAACAGUUUAGUGCACUUCAGAAGUGUUAAGAUAGUUUUAUCUGUUGCUGUUUUAAUUAUAUUGAUAUGUCUCCCAUUGUUACGGGAGAGGCUCAAUGUUAGCUUAUUUUUGUACUUUAAAGACUAGUGAAGGAUGGUGAUCCUGACUUAAGGAUGGACAGAGGUUCACUCUAAGAGAGAAAUUAAUGGCUGAAUUAUAUGUAUUAACUAGAUUGAAACCAUUAAGCUGUCAGUUUAAUGGCUUUUAACAAAUCUUACUAGUUGAAUCUUAAAUGCUAGUCAUUUUUCUUAAUAUUCUAUCUUUGUGAUGCGCUAACACUGGAAAUGGCAAAUUAGUUUAAUGUUCUUAAUUGAAAUCUCAACCCAGAGAGAUAUUACUAAGAUGUUGAUUUAUAGCGCUGGAAUACAACAAAAGCCAACAUUGCCUCGUUUUUGAGGCAGACUUUAGACAUGAUGAUGUAAACUUAUUGAUAAUUAAUCCCAAUUACAGUUUUUUCACUUUGGAGGAAAAUCAAGUUACAGCCUUAGAAAAUACACUUAUGUUAUUUACUAUUCAAAAUGAAAGAUAUUAAAGAAAUGUUUCGUUGCUUUCAACACUAUUUCAGAUUUUGUUUUGGAAUAUUUUUACACUUAUUUUUUUACACUGUAGAUAUGACUAAGGGAAUAUGAAUAGAAUGGAGUCACGUUUCUGAGUGUCUUAAGGUAUGUCCUGCUAAAUUCUUAGUUAACGACUACACAAAGCAUAGGAUGCACAACACUUCUGGGCAGUUUACCAGGCAGAGGGUUGUUGUCCGCCUAAUCAGUUUUUAAAACUAAAAUGUAUCUGGAUUGUUGCAGAUGUUAAACAUUUAACCAAAGAGUGCCACUAGUGAGAGUAAUUCUGAUUUAAUAGGAAGGAAUAAUCCUUAAUUUGUGUAUAAAUUAUGCAGCCCUGCCCCCUUGUGGUUUGACAGUAAAACAGCGGGUGUGUCAGUUAUUUUUUUCCUUCUUUCUUUUACACAAGUCAUGCUAAUAAACAGAUACUGCAACUGCUGAAUAGUGUAAAUGUGUGUACAGAGAGCCUUCAAACUUAAAUGUUAAGAGGAUGGCUUGGUAAUAUAAAGGAAGGGUUGACAGAUUUCCAUUUUGGACUUUGUUUGUAAAUGCUGUGCUAGCAGAUGUAACUUGUAUUUUUGCAAUAAAGUCUUUACAAAGUGCUCCAAAUAA